AUGCCCAGCAUCGCUCCUGAAGUAAUGGUCCACAGGUUGAAUGUGGAUCCAGAUCACAAACCUGUCAAUCAAAAGAGAAGGGCUUUUGGGCCCGAGAGGUACGCGACAAUCAUCGAGGAGGUGGAAAAAUUGCUCGAGGCAGGGUCAUCACCAUUACUGUCGAAGCUAGUGAAAGGGGAACCUCUAUUCCUCUACUUAGCAGUCUUAGCCUCGGCUGUAAGCUUGGCCCUCAUCAGGGAAUCCGAAGGGAAGCAACACUUGAUAUACUACGUCAGCAAAGCACUGGUCCCGGCAGAGACAAGAUAUUCUAGCAUGGAGAGGCUCGCUCUGGCUCUGGCCAUGUCUGCACGAUGA